AUGAUUCAAAGUAAAAAUUAUGUUGAAUACAAAUAUUAUUACAAAUAUUCUGUAGAAUUUCGUAACGAGAUUAUGAAAUGGGUGAGAAGAUCAACUAUCAAUCCUUUAAUCGCAAAAUUAAAAUGGGAAUGGUUAAUUACCUUUAACUAUAUUGACGAGUUAGAAAAUAAAUUGAAAAAAUAUGAUCAAUUUAAAUUUGAAGAAAUCAUCAAGGAAAUAUGUAAAAAUUUAGCUAUAAAAGAAAGGAAGGAUGUG